AUCCCACCCCUUUAGAGAUUAACCUCGCACUGCUUUUAUAUCAGGGACUGUAGCACAGACUUUCCCUAUCUGUGAUGACUGCAGAAAGUGAAGAGACAGUUUUCUAUAGCCCCCGACGAGCCACAGUCCACUUAUAAAUUACCGUUAUUCUAUUCCAUAAUUUGCUAUUGCGAUGUCCAGGCUCGCUGGCCUCGCCGACGCCCUGCUCCUCCUGCUCCUGUCCUGCUGCAGUCCUGUCCGGGGAUAUUUUUCGGAGGAGCGCUGGAACCCCGAAUCUUCACUCCUUGCACCCCGCGUUCUUCUUGCCCUCAUUUGCAGAAACUCCGAGCACUCAUUGCCGUAUUUCCUGGGUACUAUUGAGCGCCUCAACUACCCGAAGGACCGUAUGGCACUAUGGGUAGCAACCGAUCAUAAUGAGGACAACACCACAGCCAUUCUGCGUGACUGGCUUGUAAAAGUACAGAAGCUCUACCAUUAUGUAGAGUGGAGGCCAAAAGAGGAGCCCAGAAGUUAUGAAGAUGAGGAAGGUCCAAAGGACUGGAUAGAUCCUCGUUAUGAGCAUGUUAUGAAGCUUCGGCAAGCAGCGCUGGAGUCUGCCCGUGAGAUGUGGGCAGACUACUUUAUGCUGGCAGAUUGUGACAACCUCCUUACCAAUUCAAAUGUGCUCCGGGGGCUGAUGAAACAGAAUAAGACUAUCAUCGCUCCGAUGCUUGAAUCUCGUGCAGCCUACUCAAAUUUUUGGUGUGGAAUGACUUCCCAGGGUUAUUAUAAGAGGACACCUGCCUACAUACCCGUUAGGAAGCAGAUACGAAAGGGCUGUUUUGCCGUUCCUAUGGUACACUCCACGUUCCUAAUAGACCUCAGGAAAGAGGCCUCCAGGCAGCUAGCCUUUCACCCGCCACACCCAGAAUACAGCUGGGCAUUUGAUGACAUUAUUGUGUUUGCUUACUCUGCUAGGAUGGCAGAGGUUCAAAUGUUUGUAUGUAACAAGGAGACCUACGGAUACUUUCCUGUGCCACUACGUUCCCACAACACUUUGCAAGAUGAAGUUGACAGCUUCUUACACACCGUGUUGGAAGUUAAUGUGCGAAAUGCCCCAGUGAUGCCAUCCAAAUACAUAAGUGUUCCUAGAAAACAACCUGACAAAAUGGGCUUUGAUGAGGUGUUCGUGAUAAACUUGCAGAGGCGGACUGACCGCAGAGAACGUAUGCUAAGGGCACUGCAUGAGCAGGAGAUUGCUUGUAAAGUUGUUAAUGCCGUGGAUGGAAAAGCAAUGAAUGUCAGUGAAAUUCAUGCAUUGGGCAUUCAUAUGCUUCCUGGAUACAGUGACCCUUAUCAUGGUCGUCCACUAACAAAGGGAGAGCUGGGAUGCUUUCUUUCCCACUAUAACAUCUGGAAAGAGAUUGUGGAACGAAGUCUCGACACAUCUUUAGUGAUCGAAGAUGACCUGCGCUUUGAGGUGUUCUUCAAACGUCGCUUGAUGAACUUAAUGAGUGAGGUGGAGCGUGAAGGUCUGGAUUGGGAUCUCAUUUAUAUUGGUCGAAAGAGAAUGCAAGUGGCUCACCCGGAGAAAGCAGUGCCAAAUAUACACAACUUGGUGGAGGCAGACUAUUCAUAUUGGACACUAGGAUAUAUGAUAUCAUUACAGGGUGCCCAGAAGCUUUUAAAAGCAGAACCACUAAAGAGGAUUUUGCCAGUGGAUGAGUUUCUUCCUAUCAUGUACAAUAAACACCCUGUAUCUGAUUAUAUGGAACAGUUUGAAACCAGGGACCUGCUGGCAUUUUCCGCAGAGCCUCUCCUUGUGUAUCCAACUCACUAUACAGGUGACCCAGGAUACAUCAGUGACACUGAGACCUCCACUGUGUGGGACAAUGAAAAAAUCCGCACAGACUGGGAUAGAGCACGCUCAGGAAAAAGUCAUGAGCAGGCUGAGAUCAGCACAGAGGCCCAGAACUCAGAUGUGCUCCAGUCUCCUUUGGACAGUACAGCACGGGACGAGCUAUGAGAGGAAAAAUAAAAAAGGUCCAUAAAAUGCACCGCAUUAGUUUUGUAAUCAUGUUUAAUCUUUGAUGACUUUGAUUUUGCAUCAGAAUAGUGAUGUGGUAUCAAAGAAUAUAGAGAAGUUUAAAUUAUCAGAAGUGAAAAGUUAAAAAGGGAUCAUGCAUGUCAUGUUUUCUGCUGUCGUCAGCUUGUGGUUUUUACUUUAUAAAGGCACUAGACUUGCCAUUUGGAAUGGCAUUUGCAGUUCCCACCUACUCUCUGUCAUACAGAAAUAACGUGUACUGGUAAAGAACGAAACUGGACUGCUGCAUUUCAGUGGUGCUAAUUUGAGGUUAGACUGUGUUUUGUAGCCUUGAGAAAUUAAUGAAUUUGGCUACAACAACAACAAAUCUGCACCACAGAACAAAAUAAAGACGUCUUAAAUCAACCUAUGCAAAACCUAUGUACUUUUGACAUUUUGAAUCUUUUUGUUUGUUUUUGUUAAAUUUUAUAACAGUGCUUUUAUAUAAUGUUUUUACUUGGUCAUUGGACGGUACAAUAGAACCCUGUAGCAAAUUUCUAUCAAAGUGACAAAAUUCAGAACCAAAUAAUUUAAUUUGCAGAAAUACUGAAGCAGAAUUACCACCAGUACCGUUUGUUGCUGUGUUGUUUAAAUUGUGUUUUGUUUUGUCCUGCUUUUUAAAAAAAAAAAAUUUUUUUAACUCUUAUAUUAAGAGGUGGUUGCUGGUUCCGCCAACCACCUCUUAAUACAAAUAGAAGUGAGACAAUCACCAAACACACUGGUGUUUCAACUUGCCCACAUCCAAAUGCACAUCAGCCACUUUAUUACCUCUCUCCCACAGAUGUGGUGCUGGUACCUGUGCAAGUUCUGCUUUAGUUUCUUUUUAAGAACGAGCUCACAUUUAUGUAGCAGACUUUGAGGUAUUUUCCAUGUCCAUAAAGUUAUGGCGCAGAGAUGCACCACUGUGGGCUGCAUCUAUAAAUUACCUGUGAAAUUUUUGUGGUUGUCCUUCUUUUUGCCACUAAUUGUUCUGACUUUGGGCCCAUUAGUUUUGUGGCGAUGUGAAUGCAUUUGUCUUUUUUGGCAGAAAUUAUAUGAAACAGGUUUUAGAUUAAGCACCAGCGCUGCAUCGGUGGAAAAGAGCUGUAUUGCUGUUCCAUCUCAGAUCAGUUCAGUGUGAAUGUUGAGCAUUUUGAUUGUGGUAGACUUUAUGAAUUGUCAUUACAUAAGAUAAAAGUAGAUCAUCAUGUUUCUCACAGUAUAUUUAUUGUGCCGUGGUUUCCCUCAUCACAUACACAGAUCUCUGAUGAAGCCAGUUUCUGUUGAGUACUGAUGGGAGUUAUUCACUCACUAAGUGUGCACAAAAAUGUUAUGGCGCUUGUGCCGACAAAAAAUAAAAUGUUUUCAUUUUAA